GUUGUGUGACGCAGGGGUGGGGUUUUUAUUCCCCUCAAAGAAUGAACUUCUGUUGAGAAUUGUAUGAAUCCGCGCGAACUGUUUUCGCAGAUUGAUUCUGCGAUUAUUGAAUAUCCGAGUGCGCCAAGUCCUGCAGCUGUUCGAUAUUGAGGAUGUCCGAUGAGACUGCAGGAAACCCUGCGAAUAUGCCGGCCGGUCCGAGCGUUCUCCAUCCGAAGCCAUCCAGUAAAAGUGAUGGGGUAAAAACAAAACCAGGUUCUAAACGACGACCUGUGGAUCCCUUGAAGCCCAAACAGCCGCUCUCAGCGUACGUUUUCUAUUCCAAGGAUGCUUUCAAGCAGUUGAAAGGAAAAGGCACUGACCAUCAAUCCCGCGUCAAAUUUUUAUCUGACGGUUGGGCGGCACUUCCGAAAGAAGAAAGGCAGAAAUACGAAGAAAUGGCGGAGGUUGAAAGUGAACGAUACAAGAGAGAAAUGGCUGCUUAUCGUCAGAAGCAUCUUCAGAAAACGAAAGAACCCCGUCUUUCUGGCAAGACACAAGAAGCUCAAGUACCUGCUGCCGAAAAAAAAAUUAUCAAAAGUGUUCCCAUGGCUACCUCGAGAGAUGAGAGCGGUGAAUUAUGGUCGUUCCCUGCAUUUUCAGCGGAAUUCUUGGAGAACAAUAGGAAACUCGAAGAGCAGCAUCGUGUGUUGAAGGAGAAGAUCGUCUUGGUCAAGGAAGAAUCCGGGCAGUUAGAAGCAGAAGUGAGGCGGCUGAAUGGCGCCGUUUCGCUUUUGGAUGGAGAAACGAAGGAGCGAGAGGCCCUGACUGCGGCUUGUGAAGCCUACUCAAAGGCAAUCAAAAACUUGAUAGUGUCCGAGUUUUCCAGUUUGGUCAUUCCAGCGAGUGGUGGAUUACCGGCGAUACAACCGAAAGCGGACAAUGUGAUGGUAUACUGCAAGCGUUUGCGGGAAGCUUUCAAGAACGGGGUCUGUCCGCCGAAUUUCCACUCUUACAGAGAGCUUUUCCGUCAAACCAACUGGGAAAUCUUCUUUCCGGGUGUCGUCGGAAGACGAAUGGUGAGACAGUUUUCGUCAGCGAGCAACCACUACGAUGUCGUCAUUUGUGGCGGAGGAAUGGUCGGUCUCGCGGCGGCGUUGGCGUUCGCGCGGGAUCCCACAACCCGCGCCCAAAGGGUCGUAGUCAUUGAACAAGGAAAGCCUCCGAAAACUGACCCAGUUCCCAACGAAGCCCCAUACGGACUGCGUUCGGUAGCCUUGAACCCAUCCACUGUGCGAUUCCUGGAACGCAACGGAGCCUGGGAACACGUGCAUCGUUGGGGAACGAUCAGAAGUUUGCAAGUCUGGGAAUCUGUGAUUGCGGACUCGAGGAUCACUUUUGAGUCGGACGAAAUCGCGAGAGUUGUCGAAAACGACGAGUUGAUUCGAGUCAUGAAAAUUGCCCUGAAAGACGGCGACGUCGAGUUUCGCUACGGGGCUAAUUUGAAAGCUGUCGAAUUACCCCGGGAUUCUUCUUCAGUCGCGAAAUUGACUCUCGAAGGAGAUGAAAUCACGGCUUCGCUUGUCGUGGGUGCAGAUGGAGCAAAGUCCUUGGUGCGAAAGGCCAUGCCGAACUCCGCUCGUUCUUUGACUUGGGAAUACGACCAGCAAGCCGUGGUUGCCAAUGUGAACUUCAGUCUCGACUGCGUGGAGAACGAGAUUGGAUGGCAAAGGUUUCUCAAGACUGGACCGAUUGCGUAUCUGCCUCUGACGACUUCGAUGUCUAAUUUGAUAUGGUCUACCACGAGGAAUCACGCCAAGGAUUUGAUGAAGUUGUCAGAUGAGGACUUUUUGCUUGCUGUGAACGAUGCCUUUGUGUCGGCGAACGACGAUGCCAUGUCGCCCCUGGUGGACAGUGUCAUGAAAUUCGCCCGACAAGUCAGUGUUACCAAUCCACCAUCUGUAGCCCAAUUACCCCCUCGGGCUGUGUCAGUCAGCAAACGGGCUUCAUUUCCGAUAGCAGCUGCACAUGCCGUCAACUACGUGGCUCCUCGUGGGGUUUUGAUUGGCGAUGCAGCCCAUCGAGUUCAUCCCAUGGCCGGAAUGGGCGUCAAUUUGGGUUUCGGCGACGUGGACUGUUUGCAUCGGGUUGUUGGAGAUGCAUUGGGUCUGGGUGGAGAUAUCGGAACAACGGCAAGCUUGUAUCCGUACGAGUCGGAACGACAGCGGAAGAAUUUGACGAAGAUGUUGGGCAUUGAUGCCUUGUAUCGGCUGUACAGAGCUCAGUUCUUGCCAAUUGCGUUGGCGAGAGGGAUUGGAUUGACUUUGACAGAUUCUCUGGUGCCCGUAAAGUCGUGGAUUAUGGAUCAAGCGUCUCGUUAUUGAUUGCAAUUUUUUUUGUAUGCCCAAGUCGCCGGGAACCGAUUUUUAGACAAAUGGAACCGAGUUGUGAGAAGCGUGCAUA